AUGAGCCGUAGUACCAAAUUAGCCCCGGAAGCUAACAGGAUUCUCUUCGUUAAGAACCUUAGCUACAACGUCACAGCGGAGGAGCUCUUCGAUCUUUUCGGUAAAUUCGGACCUAUUCGACAAAUUAGACAGGGAAUUGCUGCCAAUUCAAAAGGCACCGCAUUUGUGGUCUAUGACGACGUUCAUGAUGCCAAGCAGGCUUGUGACAAAUUAAACGGGUUCAACUUCCAGAACCGAUACCUCGUCGUCCUUUACCACCAGCCUGAAAAGAUGGCCAAGUCGAAAGAAGACCUUGUAGCACGACAAGAGAACCUCGAACGACUGAAGCAACAGCACGGCAUCGAAUAA